CUUGUGUCACAUGCAAAACGGCAGUUUCUUUGAAGAGGCUAUAAAGUAUAAACCGACGCGUCUCCAUUCAACAGUCUCUCUCUUCUUUGUGCUCAAUAAACACUAACUUUCUCUCAUCAAUUUUCGUGAUCGCCCGAAAGCAUUUCAUAACAGAUCUUUUGGAGAUUCAAUUUGCUGUGGAUGCAUGCGACCAACACCCACCCAGGAUAACCUCAAUUCUCAGGUUGAUAAGAAGGACAAAACAGAAUGAAAGUAGGAUCUGGUAAAGGGAGAAAAGUCUGUCUUAUAAUCACAGGUGUUGUGAUUGCAAUUGUCUUGCUAAUUGUGAUACUGGCAUUGACUGUGUUCAAAGCCAAGCAUCCUGUUACCACCGUGAACUCGGUGAAGCUAGAGGAUUUUCAUUUGGGCUUGGAUAUAGCAAAACUAAAGGUAGAUUUGAAUGUGACCCUGGGUGUGGAUAUCUCAGUGAAGAACCCGAAUAAGGUAGGAUUCAAGUUCUCAGACAGCGUGGCUAACCUCAAUUACCGAGGGCAGCAGAUUGGUGAAGUCCCUGUUCCUGCUGGAGAGAUUUCAUCCGAUGCAACCAAAGAAUUUAACCUUAGCCUCACCAUUAUGGCCGACCGUUUGCUCUCUGAUUCCCAGCUUUACUCUGAUGUCACAUCUGGUACAUUGCCCCUAAACACUUUUGUGAAGAUUUCUGGCAAAGUCCGCAUCUUAGGCUUUAUCAAAGUCCAUGUGGUUUCCUCCACAUCUUGUGAUUUUGCAGUUGAUAUUUCUACUAGAGCAGUUGAGAACCAAGAGUGCAAAUACAAGACAAAACUUUGAUUAGUUGAUUUUAGUUUAGGAGUGAAACUAGACUCUUGAUUAGUAGACUAUAUAUACAAGUAUUCUUUAUGUUCAAUUAAUUUGUUCAUAUUCUACUUUGUUUCAUUCGUAAUUGUGAUUUGCAUCCUACUGGAUCUACUCUCUCCUUUCCCUCUUGGGCUGCUUCUGGGAAUUUAUUUGAUAUCAAGGUUCCCAUUUUCGUUACUUUACCAGAAUGUUACCUUGAAGUUAAGCUCCAUAUCUAUAUGCCACUGUAAUUUUAAUUAUUAUGUAAUUAAAUGUUAUUAAGGUAUUGGUAACAUGUUUGAAUUA